GCUCGCUCGCUCGCUCGCUCGCUCCGGCUACCGGCUACCGGCUACCGGCUACCGGGCCGCCGAGCCAUGGACGCGCUGAAAAACGCCGGCAGGGCGAUCGUCAAGAGCCCCGGCGUCCCGCGCCACACGUGGGGAACUUCCAGGCACCGAAAACUUGCGGAGAACUGGACGGACACCAAAGAGACUCUGCUGGAGGGGAUGGCGUUCCACGUCAAGUACUUGGGAAUGACGCUGGUCGGCCAACCCAAAGGCGAGGACAUGGCCGCCGCCGCCAUCCGCAGGAUCGUCGCCACGGCCAGAGCGGGAGCUAAGAAAUUCCGCAAAGUAACGCUGACGGUCUCCCCCGAAGGCAUCGUCAUCACGGACACGGACACGACGGACCUAGUAGAGGACGUUUCCAUCUACAGAAUCUCAUACUGCACAGCAGAUAAAAACCAGGACAAGGUGUUUGCGUACGUGUCUCAGAGUCCUUUCAACGAAACGCUGGAGUGUCACGCCUUCCUCUGCCAAAAGAAGAAGAUUGCUCAGGCUGUGACUCUGACGGUGGCGCAGGCCUUCAAAGUAGCUCUGGAUCUUUGGGAGCUGGCUCAACAAGACAAAAGCAAGAAGGCAAGAAGCACCCGCUGUUCCUGUGCAGCUAGCAGUCAUGGCCACACGGGGGCGACAGAUGGCGAGUGUGUUCCCGCAGACGCGUCCGCCGGCGUGGACGAGAAUUUGUGGCGGCCGAUCCCGUCCGUCUCCGCGGGCUCGCCCUCGCCUCGCGCCGACCCCGCUCGGAGGCGACCCUUCAAACACGACUCACGGAACGGUGGAGUCGGGCUCCUGAGCGGUCUUCGCAGAUGCCGCUUUGAGUCCUGACGAGAUCCUCGCCGCGACGUUUGAGGGCGAAAGACUCGCUCGCGGCGCGGAAACGCGGGGAGCGACUCAAACGAACGCCGACGCCGCCACGGCGCGCCCCGAUGGCGACUCCAUCGGGACCACGAGCCGGCAACAACCUUCUUUUCGUCCUACAAUUAUUUAUUGAUGCAUUUUAAUUGUAAUAAUAUGUAUUCCUUCCAAUCGGGGGCUACAACCUCCUAUCUUUCCAAUUGGAAAAAACAACGAGGACAAUGAGGUCUUCAAAGUGGUCUAUUAGGUCCAUUUUCAAAGAUUUCUUUCAAUUAAUUUAUACAUCGCUUUCGUUAACAGUUGAAUUUUUGAAUAGAUUUUUUUUAACUUGUAUUAUUAUUUCCAGAUUUUGUUUCUGACCAUUAGAAUUUUUGACGUUUCGGUACAUCAACGCAAUCCCAGCGUGAAGUUUUAGUUGACUUUGUACAAAUAAACGUGCGGACAUGUUCACGACUUCUAUUUGCUGCAUGUUGUUUGGACAAAGUCUUUGCUUUCUUACGUAUU